ACCUUGUCAGCUCAUUUCCGUCGGCUGCUCUGUUAACGUGACUGUGCUAUUUAAAAAGGAAAAGUCAUCCGAGAUGAGUGAAACGAAUGGCCAGGUAAAUAAUGACGAUAACACAGAGGAGACCCCAUUGAAUGUUGACACUGACGUUGAGCAGGAUGCAGAGGAAGAAGAUUUUCGUUACGGCUGGGGAAGCUUCAAGCCACAGUGUUUACAGUUCCUUUUGAGUGCCAAGUGUUUUGUAGUUGCCAUAGCGUUUUUCUCCUUUAUUCAAGGUAUGACAGUAAACGGCUUCACCAAUCUGUUCCUAUUGACUUUAGAGAAGAGAUUUCAGCUUACAAGCGCUGAGGCGGGAUUCGUUGCAGCAUCCAAUGAUAUCGCAGGAGUCUUAUUAACUACGCUGGUUAGCUUUUAUGGAACAUAUGGGAAUAAGAUAAAGUGGCUCGGAUAUGGCUCCAUUAUUACAGGUAUAGGGUGCUUAUUAUUCAUCCUUCCACAAGGCCUUGUUGGACGAUACCAGCCUCUGGCUUCAACCGGAGGACUCAUCGACGGUGACGUUUGCCGGUUAAGCGGAAAUGACACCUCAGAAUUUUGCUUUGAUGACUAUGGUGGCCAGUGGUACUACCUAUUCAUCUUUUUCGUGGCUCAAUUGCUCAUGGGCGCAGGAGCAACACCGCUGUUUACCCUGGGACCUGCCUAUCUUGAUGAGAACGUACACCCAAAGUCGUCACCAGUGUAUCUCGCUAUCUUUUUUUCUAUGACUUUGUUGGGGCCUGGAUUAGGUUUCGUCACGGGUGGAUCACUGCUGACUAUUUACAUUGACGUCACACAGCCAGAAGGAUUAAAUCUCACCCCAAAGGACUCCCAAUGGAUAGGAGCGUGGUGGCUGGGGUACCUGGCUGGGGGCUCUAUUCUUGUCGUUAUUUCAGGUCUUAUUCUUGGGUUCCCUCGAGAGUUACCUGGGGCCCGACGUAUUCGCGAACAGGCUCUUAAAGAAGGUUAUGUGCCGAAGGAAGACAAAAGAAUUAAGGGAAAACUGAAGGACCUCUUACCAGCUACAAUGCAGUUAAUCAAGUCACCUGUUUUUAUCUUCAACACGCUGGCCACAACAUCCGGUUCGCUAUUUGGCGCUGGAAUAGCUUCUUUCAUUGCAAAGAUUCUUCAGUUGAAGUUUGGACUAAGCGCCUUCCUUUCAGGAGUCAUCAUUGGGGUAAUUCUCGUGCCGGGGACUUUGGGUGGUGUGCUUUUGGGUGGAGUGCUUGUUCGACGAUUUGACCUGAAGACGUCGUUGAAAAUGGCAGCAAGAUUCUUAGUUAUCGCCUCAAUUUUCACUGUCAUAGGAAGCUCUGCGUGGUUCAUUCCAGGAUGCGAUGUACCGGAUGUAACAGGAAUAACAGCUCCUUACAAAAACGGUGCUCCUGGAGAGAAUGGACUGCAGGUGGCUUGUAAUCUGAACUGUAGCUGCUCGCUGGCCGCCAUCAAUCCCGUUUGUGGAGAAGAUAACCUGGCGUAUUUUUCGCCCUGUCAUGCUGGUUGUAAAAAUAUGAAGAAUGCAGACGUACAUGGAUCAAGAAAGACGACUUUUACAAACUGUUCUUGUAUUCAACCACAAAGCAAUUCAAGCAGGGGUUCAGCUGUGAAGGGCUACUGUGGAAAUACGUCUGGCUGUUUGACCUACAUUGCCUUUGUAGUCUUCCUUGUCUUGGUGCUGUUUUCUGUAUUUAUCACGGCUGUAGCGAACAAGACAGUGGUGCUAAGGUGUGUCCCUUACAACCAGAGAGCAUACGCCCUCGGCUUCCAGUUUAUAAUCCAGCGCUGUCUUGGAUUCUUACCAGGACCGCUUCUUUUCGGCGCCAUUUUUGAUGGAACCUGUGUCCAAUGGGGAGAGAGCUGUGGAAAGAGAGGCAACUGUCAAUUUUACGAGAUUGACAAGCUGACAAACCGGCUUGGAUACGCAGGUUUUAGCUUCACAGGUUUCGCCUUUAUUUUCUAUUUCUUGUCAUUCUGGUUUUGCAAGGCCACCAUCCAAGAAGAGGAAGACCAGAGCGGCAGACAAGAAAUCUCCACGAAUGAUCACGAGAAACUUGAUAACAACGAUAACGAUGACGCACAACUUGAAUCCACCGUGUGAUAAAAUCUUCGAAGGCCAAAAUAACAACACUGAAGUCUACAGAGCAACUACUAGUUAAUUGUGUCCGCGAAAGAGCUGUGGCAGCCCGCGUUUUGUACUUCCGAAUUUACCAAGCAACAAGUAGCAUUCCAAACUCGUCCCCAGGGUCUUUUAUGUUUUGAAAUCGCGCAUAAAUACGUUGGUUGGUGAGGCUCUGGGUAUGAGCUUGGUAGUAUUCUUACACCCCGUCUAUUUGCUCUGGCACGAAUUCUUGUUUCCAAACUCCAGACUGAUUGCAUUCGUUUACAAAUCCGUAAAAUAGUUCGCAGAGAUUUGUUUACAGCCGAGGGUUCUCCUCUCUAUGCAAAUUUAAAACGGAAGUCAAGUCAAUACUGUUGACUUGUCAAAGUAAUUGGCUAGCUUCAGAAAGGGUUUUUAACCAAUUACCUUGUCAUAAAUACUGUCCUCUUUGGACACUUACUUACACACUCAUUGCUAUAAAAACAAAUAUAAAAUCAAAUAAACAAGUAAUUUUUUUAGCUACAA